GAGACGCUUUAUCCGGCGACGUGGCUGAGUUACGUCCCCGUGUUUGUUUGAACGGACCGGGGUGAUUCAAACAGACACACCGGCUUUGUCCGUGUGAAGUUCAGGGAGCUGCGGGUUUUUGGUGCUUCUGAAAGUCUCUGCUUCAGUCUGAGAUCUGUCCUUAUAUCCGAACAUGUCUGGGAAAGUGAAGAGCCGAAGUGCCGCGAACGCAGAGUCGAUAUCAGGAGGAAUAUCCUGCGAUGAACGGAUCCUGAGGGACUGUCACCAACUCUACACGGACCCUGACAGCGGUGAGAGGCUCUAGAAUCAGUUAUCUCAUUUAUUCCUGAGAGUUUUUUUCCUCUAAAGUGACAUUUUAAACGAUCAUAUUUACAUAUGUGUGUGUUUGCUGACCGAGGUGAUCUAACUGACUCUUUCAGGCUGUAAUCCCUGAUGAUGGCGGGCUAACGGUUAGCUAGCUCAGCACCAAAUCUUCAGUUUUCUAACCGGCGUCAAUGUUUGUGAAAUUAACGAUUUAAAGACGUGGAAGAAAAAAGAUAAAGUGUUCAUAACAUAAUGAUCUAACUACGGUACGACAGGGUUUAGUUCUGUAGUUUAUAGUUGAAGAAUUUAAUGUAGUCUGUGACAGGAGACUAAAUGAUGUGUUCAAUGUCCCUCGGAUCUUUUCAUUUCUUCAGUGAAAUUUUUAACGAUAUCGCUGUGUUCACACAAACUCUAGAUUUUAGUUACUUUAAAAAACUGUUUUAUUUAAGUCUUCAAAACUAAUUUAAUAAAUCCUCCGUGGACAGAAACGGACGGAGAACCUGAUGCUGUAUUAGAAAUGUUAAAUGAGCUUCAAAUUAAGAUUGAAGUAAAAUUUCCGAUUAUUUAGACUCACGUAAACGCAGGGCGAGUUUCAGUCAUGACUUUGUCUCACUGCGUUCCUAUAUUUAAUACAGAUAAAUAUAAAUACUGUGUUAAAAUACCCGGGCUUCUUUUCAUGUUACUGUUAUAAUCUUACUUUUAAUAACGUGGUUUAACUCACUUUAAAGACGAGUUCAGUUUCCAGAAUCAUACUUUAGGAUGGCAAACAAAAAGACGGCCCCACCGAUUUAUCGGCGAGACGAUUAAAUCGGCCAAUUUUAGCCCGUUUGAGACUAAUCGGUAAUCGGCCAAAACUCGUCGAUAUUUUCAGAAAUAAAAUGCGGAGAAUAAGAUUCAGUUUCACUUGGAAAAUGUUCGGCCAUUUGAAAAGUUCCCCGACUUAUCCUGUAGAUGGCGCUACAGUGACCUCAUGCCAAUCUUCAUGCUGGUCUCGGUCACGCCGAGUUAACGCUGAAGCACCAUGGGAUAUGAAGCUAACGUUAGAGUUAGCCACCUGCUAUUAUCCUUGCUACACUGUUAGCCGUGUCAGUAACGGUAGAAUAAACAACAGUACACAUUAGUGAUGGAGCGACUUCUCUGACUGAGGCAGCUGCAUGUCUCCAGGUGAGACCGGACCGGAAAUGAGGAACGUGAGAUAAGACUCGGAGGUCCUAUAAUUGAUCCUAUAAUUAACUCAGAGUUCAUUAAUAAUCUCCAACCCUGAGCCUGGGGAUCUUGUUCUCACCUGUCUGAUCCGAGUCCUCCUGAAGUUUGACUCCACCCUCUCUGGACAAAACCAGCAGCAUCACCUGUGAGUGAGUCAUCAGCGAUCACCGUCUCCUCUUUGUUUGUUCAGGGCUGAUCUCGAUCGCCGAAUCCGUCGGUGUGAAGCUGCUGCCGCCCAGGAAGAAAAUCACGGUGAUGCUGAUGGGAAACCACUCUGCUGGGAAGAGCUCCUUCAUCAACUGGUAAGUGUGGAUUCACUGGGACUGUCCCAACAGCUGAUCUGCAACAAAAACACAAAAACGAUCAAAGAACGAUCACGCUCUCGAUCACGCUCUCCUUCUGUCACCUGUUCACUUUGAAAUGCUGUGUUUGUCAUCAGGUACGUUGAAGAGCACAUCCAGCGUACGGGAGUGGCCAUCGAGACGCAGGGCUUCAGCUUUGUGACGAGCGGACGCAAGAGAGAAUCUCUGACAGUGAGUGAAUCAGUCGGCGUGUUAACAUGAUGAAAACUGGACUUUAAAUAUAGAUAUAAAAAUGUUAGUCUGACCAAAAUAACAUGAAGUCACAUGUCUCAGAGUCCCACUAACACGUCUAACUAAUGCUGUUACUACGGCGAUGAAACACGGACCAACAACACACACGCCGCACACGCAGAAACGACUCCACUUCAAAAACACGUUUAAAGGAGAACGGAGAAACUGUUGGAGGUCGUUCAGAGUUAAUUUUGUUCAGUUUUUACGCUGAAACCUCAGUGAGAAAGUGAAGUUAGUCCAUCUCUGUGAUCUCAGAGCUGCAAAGAUCCUGAUGACUGACUUCUUCAAACCCUCAGACUCUGUUUGUUUGGUGUGUUUUCAGGGAAACGCCACCCUCCAUCUGUACCCACACUUCAAACCUCUGCAGGAGUUCAAAGGUGAGACCUCCGCUCUUCAACACGGUCUCUCUUUGUCUCUCUUAUCUGAUCCACUCACCGACUCUGAGUCCUCAGAUUUUAGGAGAGAUCUUAUUUAGUUUGAGGUCUUGGUUCCUUGGUCCAGCAGCCUCUGAAGUCCAGUUAUCGUGUUUGUUUGCAGGUGUGUCUGAGUACCUGAGCACUGAGAUCUGCACGUCCAGACAGAAACGGUUCAGCCUGGUCACGUUUGUGGACUCUCCGGGGUUGGUGGACGGAGACAUGAAGUAUCCUUUCGAUGUGGACGAGGUUCUCCUGUGGCUGGGUGAGUUUCCUCUGCAGGAGGACGUCUGUAUCUGAGAGACAUUUGUGUGACAUUUGAUAAACGCUGCUCCUCCUCUCCAAGGUGACCUCUGUGACCUGAUCCUGGUCUUCUUUGACCCCAUGGGUCAGGCUCUGUGCAAACGAACCCUCAACAUCGUGGAGAGCCUGAAUGAGACACACGGAGACCGUCUGCGGUUUUACCUGAGCAAAGCUGACGAGGCGGGAGGAGAGUCUGACAGACAGGUACGCAGAAACCUGAACCAGGUCUGAGGGGGUUAAAGUAAUGAAUCCAUGAAGCAGAGGGUGAUUUAUUCUAAUUCUUUGUUCUUCUCCUCGGUGUCAGAGGGUGAUGAUGCAGAUCGUUCAGGAACUCUGCAAACGACCAGGACUCAACAAAUGUGGGUUUGACAUGCCCACCAUCUACAUCCCCAACCCCAACAAGGUCAGAUGGGACUCCGGUUUUUCCCCCCCGUCACUCUGCUCCUUUUACAAACUCUUUUCAUGGACUUUGAUUCUUCUUCUCUGUUCCUGUUUUCAGCCGAGUCGCUGCGUGAACCAGAUCGAGGAGGUUUGCCGCACCAUCGAGAAAACCAUCAACCAGACGGUCCAGAACACGCUGAACUCUCUGGAGAAGGACUGUGAGCUCAUCAGCGAGGCCAUCACAGACACACUCUUUCAGGACAGGUAACACACACACACACACACACACACAAACACACACACACACACACACACACACACAGGAGAUUUCAGGAAGUAUCUGACUUGGUGUCGUCGGUCCUGUUCGCCGCUCUCACAGCUGAUCAUCAAACACUGAUGUUUAAAGCCGAGGAGUUGGUGAACAGUUCCAGUCCCUGUGUUUGUGAGUCUAACCCCCCGACCUCCACCUUCAUCCUGAUCGUCUCCUAAAAGGUCGUAUCCUCCGAUCGUAGCUGAUCGUAACCAUUCAAGUUAACGUGUCAAUUUACACCGACUUCUUUCCGUUCCUCUGCGGAUCGCCGGACUCCUCAGCAUGAAGAGUUCUAUUUUUUCUGGACGCCGGAGCAUGGCGGAUAAAUUCAGCACAGAUUAACCCGUGCUGGAAAGGAAGUCGGGCACAGACACAAAAUAAAACAUCCGGCUUCUUUUCAAAAUAAAACACUCCGUGUUUCAGGAGGAUCGUAUUUCACACCAUGCAAACGGGCGGAGAUGAACAAGUGAAAGGUUUUUAGACGUCAUUUCACCCCGAUGACACCAUGGAUGAGGAGAUGCUGAUUCUAGAAGUCUAGAAGUAGAUUUCCUCCUCUGGAAGGACACAAUCUACUGCUUAUAUGUCUAUGUGUCUGUCUUAAGAGAGACAACUCGUUAUCGUGAGAUUGAACGUGAAUCUGCAGGUUUUUCUGAGUUCUUGCGAUUCCUGCUGUCUGUAAUCCACCAUGAAAUCCGCGUCACAAACGGAUCCAGUAGGAAAUGGCGUACAGCGAAAUGGCUGCCAUUCUAGAUGCGGUGAAAAUCCCGGGUUUGUGUUGAGGAGCAUGAGGACCUUCUGAAAAACAGGCCAAUCAACAGGCGUAAAUGUAGUUCAGGAUCUUGUGGUUUCAGGGGUGGGACUGUGGGGUUUGAACCUGCGUCUCGUCUCUCUUUUAGACAGACCACUUCUGGAAACAGAUGCGCUCGCUGUAAAAGCUGCUUCCUGACUCUGCUGGGCUUCAGCGUCCCUCUGGCUCUGAUGGCCUUCCUGGUGCUGGGCUCCCUGUCCCGGGAGCUGAUGGAGAUGGCUGUGGGCCCCCAGGGUACAGAGGCACUCUCAGUCUACAUGGUGAGUCCCGCAGGAGUCCAUGGUUAAAGUCUAGUCCAGAUGUGGAUCCUGACUGUAUCUUCUGUUUGGAUCCUCAGGCCCCUGCAGCCAAAGUCUUCGACUCGCUCUCCGUGGAGCAGCAGCUCUACAGCUGUGCCGGACUCGUCUUCCUCUCCUUCCUCCUCCUCCUCGUCUCACACUUCUGCUUCAGGUAUCAGCUCCAGCGUGAACUUCUCCUCUGGUCUGAACUGCAGUGAAGAAGUCGUCUCGUUUGUGACUUCUUUGUUUGAUUCUUUGCAGAACUCUCCCGACUCUGUCUGGCAAACAGAAGAGGCAGCUGCAGGAGAAGGUGGAGUACGUGCAGGAGGUGGUCAAGACUAAAAAGGUGUGUUAGUGAAGGCGGAGUUUAAGCAGCUCUUCACUGGAACAUGAACAUGAUCACAAAAACCUGAUUUCCUGUUUUCUCUCUGCAGAAGAAGCUGUAUGAAGAUUAUCUCCGUCAGAGCGUCAGCGAUCAGGACAUGAGCCUGUAAAGACCGUCAGACUCGUCUCCGCACAUAUCUCUCUCUCUCUCUCUCUCUCUGUUUGUUUUUUUUUGUUUUUUGUUUCUCCGGGACAGAUUUCACCUCCGACUCUAACUGUGACGGUCUAUUUGUUUUAGAAAUAGACGAACGGCGUUGGUUCGAGCGCAGAUUUCUACUUUUUUAUUUGAAGCAGACACUCAGGAACGUGUCUGCUGACUCCUCCCACCUCAGUAAAACAUUCCUGUACGGUUAGCUAUCAAUGUGUGCACAUAACUAAUGCAUCACUUUCUUAGCUGAUGAUUAAAUCUGCAGAUAUUUUACACCUGCUGUUACUAAUCAUGAGGUUUUUUUGACUGAUAUCAACAUGAAGCACUCUCACACAGACGUGAGGAUUCCUCUCCCAGCACUUCAGCCUCUGCAGCGGCACCUCCGAUACUGUGACACCUGUUACCUGUCAGACGCUCUCUCACACGCACACGUACAGACACACACUCUACAUAAAGACUCGUCUUGUGUUACUGAUCCGUUUGUUGUUGUAAAGGUUUAUUUUCGUGUUUACUCCGUGCCUCUGGAUAAAAACCACUUUGAAUAUUUAAACUAUUUAUGAUAAACUGUAUUUUGGUCCGACGGCACUGUUACAUGAGUCACUUUGUACUGAGACUUUCACCAGCAUUUUCUACGGAUUAUCAUGAAUUUCAGAUUUUUUCUUUAUCAUUCAGUAAAUGAUCAGGAAAAGCUCAUAUGUAGGUUUUUAACAUUUCUCCUGUUACUGAAGGAAACCAACCUUUUUAUCAGCCCAGGUUUUGUACUCUCUGCUCCACAUUGUGACAAUGUUUUAAUGAAAACAAACUUCAAUAAAUAAACUCUUCAAAUGUUUAAAACACUUGUCUUUAUUUUUUAAUAAGAACAAAAAAAUGUCACUAUUCUGAGGUUUUAAGUGAUUUUUUGGGAUGUUGUUUUUGUUUUUACGAAGCUGUCAGGAAAUCAGAUUUUUUUACAGUCAGUAAAAUGUUUUAAGAAUUUUAUAAACUUAAUUUUUUUGCCAUGUUAACUUUUUAAAAAAUAUAUUCGUAGGAUUCGUAAAAUAUUUACUAAUUGUUUAAUCGAACAUUUUUUCAUUACUCCCAUAAAAACAACCCCAGCCUUCAAUAUAAGUAACAAGUGCAGUAUACUUACUACUGCAGUUAUUUUAGAUACAAACAGUGCAAUAUAGUAUAUAUUUUUGUAACAUAUAUAUUUAUAAUCUUAAUAUUUAUCUUUCCUAUUCUUGGAUAUAGUUUUCGUUGCACUUUUUUUAUCCGGCACUAGAGGACUUUAUCUUGUUUAUAGUCUGUAUUUUUUUUUCUUCCAACUAUUUUUGUUCUUUUAAUUCUGUCUGUUUUCUUUUUUCAUCUAUUGCGCUGAAAAUGUUGAGGCUCUCUGAUCUCGUUGUACCUCCAGUAUAAUAACAAUAAAG